AUGACGAAAGCCCACGUCCCAUCUCUCAUGACUGCUCGAAUACCUGUGAGCCUAUCGUCGCACAGGCGAUGGCGAUACCAAGAUGGCACCAUAGAUCCUGCCUCGCAGCUGUCUCGAGCGCCACGAAAAACGCCCAGCUCCCACUAUCACACGAAUGAGGAGCAGAAACGGCAAACAAGUGGCCUUGGUAACUUUGAGUACAGCCGGUACGUCGACAUCGUCUUUCUCCUUCUCGUGCCUGAGACUGACUUCGUCAUCCCCCACUCACCCGCACGGGGCCACGCCCACCCUCUGUUAGCUCGCGAAGUUUCGCUGCAGAACGCCCGUCCCGCCCCCUUCGUCACCAUCUAUUACUGCGUCCGGCCACCGGAGGCUGCUUUCCGCGCGCUGAUCAACGCCCCCAACUACUGA